AUGGCCCAGCAGCCUCUCACCAAUGCGAUCGGUGAGAAGAGAAUCAGUGACGACUGUUCCGAGAUUUUCACCUGUAUCUGGGACAAAAAGAACGUGAAGAGUUUCAUCCAGACGACGAAAAACGGCGAGCCAUGCCACGAGGAUGCUGAGUGCAAGAUGAUCGGAGGCGACAAGAAAUGUGCCUGUGACGAGGGCUAUGAGGGUGAUGGGUUCACCUGCACUAAGAUCCCACCCACAACUACAACAACAACUCCUGCCCCAACUACAGCGCCACCGUGUGAGAUGAUCGCUGACAUUGGCAUCAUCAUGGACUCCUCCAGCAGUAUUGGCAAGAAGAGCUACGAGAUCAUGAAGGAUUUCGUUAAGGAUGUCGUCACCAACUUUGACGUCAAGCCAGAUAAGGUCCGCGUCGCUGUGGAAACCUACAACACAAAUGCCAAGAUCCAGUUCAACUUCGAUACUCACGGAGACGAGGCUGACAUUCCGUUCGCGGUUGAAAAGAUCCACGAGAUUGGCACUGGUACCUACACCAACCGCGCUCUAAAGAUGGCCCGGAAAAAGAUCUUCACCACUGCCAGAGAGGGUGUGCCAAAGAUUGCCAUCGUCCUCACUGACGGACUUUCCCGAAAACCAGGCGAAACCCGCAAACAGGCCCAGCUUCUCCGCGACUCGGGAGUUACCGUGUUCUGUAUCGGUAUAGGCGACGUCUCACCGAAUGAAAUCAAUGCCAUUUCCUCGGACCCUGAUGAAGAUUACACCUUUAUGGUUGAGAACUUCCAAGCCUUGGACACCAUCAAGGAAACCAUCAAGCGCGCAGCUUGCAGUGAGUUGAUCAAGUUUUUGAAGUAUUUUGCAAGAUAUAGAUCAUGGGAUGCGAAAUCACGCGUCUCGAGGUGA